AUGCAAUGGCGUGAGCUGAUGGACCAGAGGAGGAAAAUCCAGCUGCGGGAUGCGUGCCGGCCGCUGCAGACACUGCGGUGCAGGGCAACGACGGAGAAGAGCUGCCUCACAGCUGCAGAGAAGGAAUCCGGACUCGAUCACCCGACUGCCGGGCUUGCAGACCGUGCCGAAAUCCAGCGCCAGAAGGCCAUGCAAUGGCCACGAGAUGCCCAGCCAACCGUGCCACCACGCUGGGGACCGACUGUCUCUGGUGAUGGCUCUGUCUCGGGUGAGGGUGCAAGCUCUUCACACGGGAACAGCUCGCACAACCCGAAUCAAAUCGUGAAUACUUGGGACGGCUGGUACACCGGCCACUCAAUGUUUGAUGAUCCGAUGUUCAACCACGGGGACUAUGACUACACGAGCUGGAGCCAGGGUUGGCACAACCUCUGGCAAGCAUGGCCGUGGCCUGGUUCCAAAGGCUCCACGGUUCGGCCACCAGCACAUCCAGCGCCUGUGCGAGGCGAGACGAACGUAGUCCAGACCGAGGCGCAACAACGAAAGGCGGAAGAGCAAGAGUGGGAGAAGAAGCUGUCAGAGGCCAUCGACACUAAUGUCCUGGCUGGAUUGAAGCUGUUGUUGGAGGGAAGAACGUCGGGUGCCGCAACUGGUGGAAGUCUGAGCCCUGCCCGGCCCGAGUUGGUGGCCAAGAUUUUGGAACGAGCCGCGGUGCAGGGACCCGUUGCACUCGUUGAGGUUGCCGAGGGUCUCUUUGGCACCCAGUCAGGUCCGAAGAUGACACUCGACAUACCAACCUAUGCAGGGAUGCUGCAAAGGCUGGUUCUGGAUCCAACUUGCUAUCGGCCGGCGGCAGUCCGGCUGUUGCUCAAUGUGGCCUUGAGCAAGGAGAGCCCAGUGGUGCCUGUGGCACCGGGUAUUCUCACAGACUCCGAGACAGUCAUCUGCGAACGGAACGUGCAGGACAAGGACGUCGAGGAGGAGGAGAAAGACGAAGUUGGGAAGGAAUGGCCUGAAGAGCUGGUCUUCCGGAAUUCUGGCUGUUGGCCAGAACUCAACGGAGUUUUCAAGCGCACGCGGGACUUUGAUCAUGUAAGCCAGCAUCAGAGGCCCACCUAUGAGAGGAAGGUGCCUGCAGCAUCUGGAGACAUGAGACUGCUUUGUUUCUUCUGGGAAUACAGUAUCGAGCGUGAGCGUGGAGAGCAAGAAACUCAAAAUGAUGCUGGCGCUGCAGGAACGGCCAAAAAGAAGCGUCGCCGAGCAGUCACUGUUCAGCGUGGGUGGUGGUUGGGCAAACGGAUGGGCGGCGCUGAUUUGAUGGGCAAGGGUAAGAGCAAGGACAGCUCCGAGCUCUCCGAGCUUCCAACAGAGGCGGAUUGGCAAUUGAAGCCGCCAGGCGUCGAAGCCUUUCAAGACGAUCCUGGAGGCUUCGUUGAUCAAGAGCAACUGGGUAUCGAGGCAUUGCAGCGGCUUAAUUUGAGCAGCCUUCAAGGACAUGUCAUCUCACCACAAGGUGAGCAUAGUGCACGAUACUUCGGCCACUUCUGCAGCCUGUUGCACCUGGAAUACCUGCAAGAAGUCGCUACGCUACGUCGACGUGCUUCGCGACGUUCGGGAGAGGAACUUGAAAGAGGUGGUUGGGCUUUGACUGGCAUGCGUGUUCGCGACGUUGUGGAACGACAGGCCAAAGGCAAGGGUCGUAAGGGAUCAGGAAAGGGAACCGCAUCUGGCUUUCAGAUGUUUCUUUGGCUGCCACCCAACACGGACGUUGACAGGCUGCGAUUUCGGAAGGGCGACAGCAUUAUCUUGUCCGCCACACAUCCGCUGCAGGAUAGGCUCGCAGAAGGACAGCUCCAGGAUAUAACAGACAAGUGGGUUUUGCUUUCCUUUGAAGAAGUUUCGCCUCCGCAAGGCUGUAAACAGCGUCUUUGGCGAGUUGACAAAGGAAGCAACAGGCUGAGCUAUGCGAGGCAGCUGGAUUCGCUUGUGUCCCUUUGUACCGGCUACGUUGACAGCACCUCGGUAAGUGAGGAUUGUUCAAAGAUAUUCGAGAUCAUCAGAAAUGGAAAUGUGGGUCGAGCCGACUCUUGGGCAUCGCGUGUGUGGAGCGACCUGAAAAAAACAGAGGCAGGCGAGUCUACGUCUGCGAACGUGGGGCUCGCCAACUCACUGGAAGUGGGCACUUCAAAAGAUGUCUCACAGAGGCAGACAGACGCAACCGACUGUGAAAGGAGAGCAGAGCUUGCAGAGCUCUCUUUCAAGCCAGGUGAGGUUGUCACCUUACACGGCCUUCAGGCCGAAGAUCUAAAUAAUCAGCAGGGCGAAGUUGUUGCCGUGAACGGGAGCAUCCGUCAAGUGGGUGAGCACAUCGCUGAAGGUGAAGACAUACGGAUAAACGUUCAGGUGAAUGGUUCUGUAAAAGCUGUAAGAGUUUCCAACUUGAAGAAGAUGGACAGUGAAUCUACCCCCAACAGCUCCACAAUGGCUGCGACCGGCACUGCGGGAAUAGCUGCCGAGAAGAUGACCUGCGAUUCGACCAUGCUGACGAAGUGUGUUGAAAGUAUUCCUGCUACAUGCACGGACUCCCAGCGGCGCGCUGUGGCUGCCACGUGUGAAAGACGCCUCACCAUCAUCCAAGGCCCUCCCGGCACAGGCAAAACUGCGACAGCCGUGCAGAUCCUCCGCUCCUGGGCCCAGCUGGGAUUGAAACCACUUCUGGCGGUGGCCGAUGGGAACAUCGCGGUUGACAACAUAGCAGCGGGGCUGGCGAAGCAGGGAGUCGACGUGAAAGCGGUACGUGUGGGUCGGCCAGAGAAGAUCCGGCCGGAAUUGGAAGAAAUAACUCUGGACAACCAACUCCGUCGCAUGAAGACGCAGAAACAGGACUGGAAUAAAUAA